AACCUCAUGCUUUCCAUCCUGCCCAAGCACGUGGCUGAUGAGAUGUUGAAGGACAUGAAGAAAGAUGAGAGCCAGAAGGACCAGCAGCAGUUCAACACCAUGUACAUGUACCGCCACGAGAACGUCAGCAUCCUCUUUGCGGACAUCGUGGGCUUCACCCAGCUGUCUUCUGCCUGCAGUGCCCAGGAGCUUGUGAAGCUGCUCAAUGAGCUCUUUGCCCGCUUCGACAAGCUGGCGGCCAAAUACCACCAGCUGCGGAUCAAGAUCCUGGGCGACUGCUACUACUGCAUCUGUGGCCUGCCUGACUACCGGGAGGACCACGCUGUCUGCUCCAUCCUCAUGGGGCUUGCCAUGGUGGAGGCCAUCUCGUAUGUACGGGAGAAGACCAAGACCGGGGUGGACAUGCGUGUGGGAGUGCACACGGGCACCGUGCUGGGUGGUGUCCUUGGCCAGAAGCGCUGGCAGUACGAUGUGUGGUCCACUGACGUCACUGUAGCCAACAAGAUGGAGGCUGGCGGCAUCCCAGGGCGCGUGCACAUCUCCCAGAGCACCAUGGACUGCCUGAAGGGAGAGUUUGACGUGGAGCCUGGUGAUGGGGGCAGCCGCUGCGAUUACCUAGAUGAGAAGGGCAUCGAAACCUACCUCAUCAUUGCUUCCAAGCCAGAGGUGAAGAAAACAGCCACCCAAAAUGGCCUCAACGGCUUGGCCCUGCCAAAUGGAGUGCCACCUUCCUCAAAGCCUAGCUCCCCUUCCCUCAUUGAGACCAAGGAGCCCAAUGGGAGUGCCCACACCAGCAGUUCCAUGUCAGAGGAGCCUGAGGAGCAGGAUGCUCAGGCCGACAACCCCUCAUUCCCUAACCCUCGCCGGAGGCUGCGCCUUCAGGACCUGGCUGACCGCGUGGUGGAUGCCUCUGAGGAUGAGCACGAGCUCAACCAGCUACUCAACGAGGCCCUGCUUGAGCGAGAGUCCGCCCAGGUGGUAAAGAAGAGAAAUACUUUCCUCCUGUCCAUGCGGUUCAUGGACCCCGAGAUGGAAACCCGCUACUCAGUGGAGAAGGAAAAGCAGAGCGGGGCCGCCUUCAGCUGCUCCUGCGUCGUUCUGCUCUGCACGGCCCUGGUCGAGAUACUCAUCGACCCCUGGCUAAUGACAAACUACAUGACCUUUGUGGUUGGGGAGAUCCUGCUCCUGAUCCUGACCAUCUGCUCGCUGGCUGCCAUCUUUCCCCGGGCCUUUCCUACGAAGCUUGUGGCCUUCUCAACUUGGAUUGAUCGGACCCGCUGGGCCAGGAACACCUGGGCCAUGUUAGCCAUUUUCAUUCUGGUUAUGGCAAAUGUCGUGGACAUGCUUAGCUGUCUCCAGUACUACACGGGACCCCGCAACGGGACGGCAGGGACGGAGCUGGAGGGCGGCUGCCUGGAGAACCCCAAGUAUUACAACUAUGUUGCCGUGCUGUCCCUCAUCGCCACUAUCAUGCUGGUGCAGGUCAGCCACAUGGUGAAGCUCACGCUCAUGCUGCUCGUCACGGGUGCCGUGGCUGCCAUCAAUCUUUAUGCUUGGUGCCCAGUCUUUGAUGAAUACGACUACAGACGUUUUCAGGAACACGGCUUUCCUGUGGUGGCUUUAGAGAAGAUGCAGGUAUCUUCCACCUCUGGGCUCAAUGGCACUGACAGACUGUCCCUGGUGCCUUCUAAGUACUCGAUGACAGUGAUGAUCAUCAUCAUGAUGCUGAGCUUUUACUACUUCUCCCGCCACGUGGAAAAACUGGCACGGACACUAUUCUUGUGGAAGAUUGAGGUCCAUGACCAGAAGGAACGUGUCUACGAGAUGCGGCGCUGGAAUGAGGCUUUGGUCACCAACAUGUUGCCUGAGCACGUGGCACGCCAUUUCCUGGGGUCCAAGAAAAGAGAUGAGGAGCUGUACAGCCAGUCUUACGAUGAGAUUGGAGUCAUGUUUGCCUCCCUGCCCAACUUUGCUGACUUCUACACAGAGGAGAGCAUCAAUAACGGCGGCAUUGAGUGUCUGCGCUUCCUCAAUGAGAUCAUCUCAGAUUUUGACUCUCUCUUGGACAAUCCCAAAUUCCGGGUCAUCACCAAGAUUAAAACCAUUGGCAGCACCUAUAUGGCCGCUUCAGGAGUCACCCCCGAUGUCAACACCAAUGGCUUUACCAGCUCCAACAAGGAGGAAAAGUCCGAGAAAGAGCGCUGGCAACACCUGGCUGACCUGGCCGACUUUGCACUAGCCAUGAAGGAUACGCUUACCAACAUCAACAACCAGUCCUUCAACAACUUCAUGCUGCGCAUAGGCAUGAACAAAGGAGGGGUUUUGGCUGGGGUCAUUGGUGCACGGAAACCACACUAUGACAUCUGGGGCAAUACGGUCAACGUAGCCAGCAGGAUGGAGUCCACAGGAGUCAUGGGCAACAUUCAGGUGGUGGAAGAAACACAAGUCAUCCUUCGAGAGUAUGGCUUCCGCUUUGUGAGGCGAGGUCCCAUCUUUGUGAAAGGGAAGGGGGAGCUGCUGACCUUUUUCUUGAAGGGGCGUGAUAAGCUAGCUGCCUUCCCUAACGGCUCCUCUGUGACACUGCCCCAUCAGGUGGUAGACAACUCCUGAAUGGCUUCUAGCCCCGCAACAGUACAAAUGGAAAGGGAGAAUUUAUUUUCUGGAAUCAAAGAAAGGGCUUGGGAAAGGACAAAUCACCAAGUCCCAACUUUUCCAAAUUAUUGAAGUGUACACACACAUAGACUUUAGGUUUAAAAAUCUCCUCGAGCCUUCAUUUGUUUGUGGGUAUGUGAGCUCUGAGGGUGGCCAUACUAUUCAGUGUGCCUGUAGCUUCCCCAGAGUAGGGGUCUUAGGUGUAGUACUGGAACAAUCCUUCCAGAGCCCUGGCUCCCACCUGGCCCUUCUGCCAGAGAGGCCAUGGCCACUGUGAGCAGGAGUACAGCAGAGGUAGAAAGCAGCUGCCUUUGCUGUGGGGCUGGGAGCACAGGCGGGGAAGCUCUGCUGAGGUAAGGGCUUGACCAAGCAGGACAUUGUACUGGCUAACACUCUGCGCCCAGCUGGAACUCGAAAGCAGUGCUUUUGACUCUGAAGAGAACUAGAGUUGCAGACGUGGUUGUCUCCAUACGGUCUGAGGUAAAAUGGCCCUCAUCCUGAUGUUCCUGAUAAUCUUGAAAGGUUCUUCUGGAACCCGUCACCUUAGUCAUGAGAGCAGAAAGUGCAAUAUUUCCUUUUACCUGGUGGGGGGAGGGGGAUUUAUUUCUGAAAGAAAAAUAUAUAAGCAGAUCUUCUACAUUUAUAUUUUUAACCUUCUGUUAAAAGACACUUUCCGAUAUUGCCUUGCCUUUUGAGCUCUUGCUACAGUCACCUUUGCUACUGCUUUAAAGGAGAAUUUACAGGUAUUGAUAAAGAACAAGACUGUUUUAUUAAAAGCUUUAUUCAACUUGAA